CUCCGUUCUACACCAUUAUCCACUAUCAUCCAGUCUCCCCGUGUCUCUCGAAUCAUCUCCCGACGUCGAACCGCGAACACUUCUCAAUUUAUUUGCGCCAUUCUCCUAGUUCCUUCGCCUUCCCCAACUCUCCAACACCAAUCGACACUCCAAUUCCAGUAUCCAAAUUGCCGACCAGCUGAUCCCUUCCGAGCUCUCCGAAUCCAAGAAAUGGCGGACCUCUUCCUCGGCAGCCCCUUCAGGCGCCUGCUCUACGCCCGCCCGUACGCCUCGGCCACGGCCGCCAUGGACUGGGUGGAGACCCCGACCUCCCACAUCAUCAAGAUCAACGUCCCGGGGUUGGGCAAGGACGAUGUCAAGGUGCAGGUGGAGGACGGCAACGUGCUGACAGUCAGGGCCGCGGCGAUGGAAAAUGGAAAGGAGGAAAACGAAGAGACCGUGUGGCACGUGGCGGAGCGCGGGAAGCCGGAGUUCGCGCGGGAGGUGGCUCUGCCGGAGCACGUGAAGGUGGAGCAGAUCAGGGCCGGCGUGGAAAACGGCGUGCUCACCGUCGUCGUGCCAAAGGAGCCCGCGCCCGCCCGGCCCAGGACCAGGCCCAUCGCCGUCUCCAGCAAGCUCUGAGACCGCCGGACUCUCUGUGUGCCGUGUGCGUGGUGGUGGAAAGCUUUAGUUGCUCUGUAUAUUUUCGUGGGAAAAUUGGUUCUAUACCAUCAAAAGAUCCACACUUUAGAAAAAUACCACUGAAAAUUUUAGCUUUAGAAAACUACCAUCCAAAGGUUGCUCUGUUGUCUAUUUCUACCACCACCGUUGAGCUAAAAAAAACAAAUGGAACAACUGCUAUGCAUCCCCAAUUUCACGAUUUCUUGUCUCAGCACUGCAAAAUCCCCAAGAAAACUAGGGUUCAGACCAUUCACGAGCACGGGAAGAAGAGGCGACAAGAGAAAAAGUGAUAAAGAGGUGCCUACCAUGAGGGGCAUUCCGGAAGAAGAGCCGCCACCGCCGGGGGGCGCGCUGCCGGGGAAGCGCGCCGCCGGGAGGUACGCCGCGGGGGAGGCGGGAGGCGCGCCGCCGGGAGAUACGCCGCUGGGAGCCCGCUCGGCCAGGUGGUCUACGUCGGCUGGGCUGGGUAGGGUGUGCACGUGUGGUCUGGGAGUUCUGUGUGCGUGCGUUGUGUUCAGGUCGCAUGUGUUCAGCUGGCUUUGUCAAUCAGGUGUGUGCGUGCGUUCAGUACAGAACUUGUUUUCCAAAUUACAAUGGAUCGUUCUAGUCAAAACGUUCAGUUAACGGUGGUGGUAGAAAUAGUUAACGGAGCAACCUUUCGAUGGUAGUUUUCUAAAGCCAAAUCUUUCAGUGGUAUUUUUCUAAAAUGUGGAUCUUUUAAUGGUAUAGAACCAAUUUCCCCUAUUUUCGUAAAAGAAAGUUGCGUUGUUUAUGAGGUGGCCAAUGUAAUGUAACAGUGAAUCUUUAUUUGUGGUACGAUGAACA